AUGUUGGGAAUGGAAGAAAUUUUGUGUGAACUGACUGGAGGAGACGUGAACGAGCAGGGUUUGCCACCAGGGUUCAGAUUCCACCCAACUGAUGAAGAGCUUAUUACCUUUUAUCUGGCUUCAAAAGUGUUUAACGGCCGUUUCUGCGGUGUGGAGAUUGCCGAGGUAGACCUCAACAGAUGUGAGCCUUGGGAGCUUCCGGAAGUGGCGAAAAUGGGGGAGAGAGAAUGGUAUUUCUUCAACUUGAGAGACAGAAAGUACCCAACUGGGUUGAGAACAAACAGAGCCACAGGGGCUGGGUAUUGGAAAGCGACAGGGAAAGACAGAGAGGUGUACAGUGCUUCGAGUGGUUCACUGCUUGGGAUGAAGAAGACACUGGUUUUCUACAAGGGCAGAGCCCCUCGUGGUGAGAAGACCAAAUGGGUCAUGCACGAGUACCGCCUUGACGGCGACUUCUCCUACAGUAGUCNCGACAGGGAAAGACAGAGAGGUGUACAGUGCUUCGAGUGGUUCACUGCUUGGGAUGAAGAAGACGCUGGUUUUCUACAAGGGCAGAGCCCCUCGUGGUGA